CUGAAGGUGCUUACAACUUGUAGCCAUGCAUGGCUUCCGCGGCUUCGGUAGUGCGGGCUGCUCGCCAGCAGGUGCAAGGUGAAUGGUCCGAGUGGUCGCCGCUGUGGCGCCGGCCUUCAAAAGGCCCUGGCUCGCGCAGCCAAUCGGCGGAGCCGCCGCUGGCGCCCCUGGCGCCACUGGCACUGGCGCCGCUGGGCUCCAGCGACUCCAGAAGGGAGCGGCUGCUGAAACACAGGAGCCGAUCUCUCUCCUCCGAGUCCGACCCGAACGGACCGGACGCUGACCCGGCUGAUCUUGAUGAGCUGGUCAAAGUAGAGCAAGAGCUGGAGGACAAGCGGCGGCAGCUCCACGAAGUCCGAGCAAGCGGGAGAGCGUUGGAGGAGCAGCUGGAAGCAAGGGAGCGAGAUGCCCUUCAUUUCAGCGAGACGGUCCUGGCCCUGGAAGCUGGGUUGCAUGACGCGGCUGAAGAGCAAGGGGCGCCCCAUCGUGAACUGCGGCGGACCAACGGGAUGCGUACCCAGCCGCUAGGUGAGCUUGUGGAUGAGUGGACGCGUGUUCGAGCUGCUAUCGGUUUCGACUGACUUUCGCGGCAGUGCGAAAUGUUUCCUAGCUUUUGACCAGUGCAUGAUCAAGAAAGUCUCACCCACCAGAAGGCUGGUGUUGCAUUGGCCCUCAAAAAGGGGUGC